AUGGUCACAAGUUGUUUAUUUGGACUAUUUGUUUUUGGAACAAAUUCAUCAGUUAUUUAUCGGUUUUUAACUGAUGAUUUAUAUGAAUACUUAACACAAUGUUUUAAAACUCGAGGUUAUCAACUUAAUGAUGACCCUACAGAAGAUAAUCAAGUCAAUAAUAAUAAUAAUGAUGAUGAUGAACUUACAUUAUCAAUUGAUGAUGCUAUAUCCCAGCAUUUAUCUGUAUUGGUCAGAGUUCAUGAACAAACAUCCUCACGUCAUGACCCUAUUCGUCGAAUAACACUUCAGUCGGGUAUACAAGUUUUUUUUGAUCAGAUUGCAGAAAAUAAUUUAAUAUGUAUGGCUGAUAAAUCAUUCGAUACAAUAGUGAUACUUAAAGCAAUUAAUCUACUAAAAGCAUUAAUUAAAUUUCAUAUUGGAGUUUUGCCAUUUAUAUAUUAUAAUGUUGCUGAUCAAUUAAUAAAUCGAAUAUCUUCUACACUACAAUAUUUCCUCAACAAUAUAACAACUAAUCAAUCUAUUCUGUUUGAGAGUUGUGAAUAUCUUCAUAUGAAUUCAUCAAUUCGAGAUCGAUGUCAUGAAGUCUGUACGAUUAUUAGUAAUGAUGUACAAAAUUGGCUUAAAGUUCCACGAAAAAUAAUAAUUAUCACAUGUAAUGAUAAAAUUCUUCAUAUGUAUCUGAGUGCUGAUCAAAGUCGCCCAAAUAAUGCCGACAUUUUUCUUCUAGUGCUUAACAAUAUGAGUCGAUCAUUACGAAAAGAAUUUGAAUCACAAAAAAAUUUAUCAAAUGUAAUGAAUCAUAGAUUUCAAAGAAAAUUAAAUAAACAUAAGCAAGAUUUAUCAAAUUCAUCAAGAACUACAACUAAUAGUCUUCAAUAUUCAUUAGUAGUAGAACGAGCUCAAUCAUGUCCAAAUUUUCAUUCAUCAGAACUGACAGCAUCAAAUGAAAAAUGUGAAAUAAUUCAUCGAAGUGAAGUAGUAUUUCUGAGAACAUCAAAUAAAGUUAUUGCACCUUUUACAUUAUUUACAAUACCACUGACAGAUAAUAUUUCAGUACUUAUUCUUGUCGAAUGGGAAAAUAGUGCAGUCUGUUCAAAUUUAUAUGAACUUAUUCGUCAUCUUGAUUCAUAUACUGUUCAUGGUUUAUUUCCAUAUAAUAAAUUAAGUCCACAAGUUAAAUCUGUCGAAAGUAGUGCAGCUGUUCGACGAUAUUUUGAACAUGUUGGUCAUCCAUCAAAUAUUUUAACAGAUAUAUUAAAUAAAGCAUAUGCAUUACAUAAAUCAUCAACAAAAACAAAUGUUAAUAACGAUGAAAGACAUCGAAAUGGUCUUCGAAUUCUUCGUCAUUUAACUGAAAUGAGUCGUUUAUCAACAGAUGCAUUUCGUCAUUUAUUUUUUGAUUCGGAUGAAUAUGCUCGUCGAAGUGGUAUUGAUACUGAUAAAGAUCAAGAUCAAGAAUCAGAUGUACAAAUGGAUGGAGUUGGUCCAAAUGAAACAAAACUUCGUAAAAAUGAAUAUGAUACUUCACCAAUGACAAAAAUACUUCGAAAAAAAAUCAUAUUACGAUUAGAAGAUUGGUUUUCAUUUAUUGAAGUUAAAUCACAACAAAAUAUAACAAUGAAUUUUUGUCGUAAUGAAUUUCCUGGUCUUGUUCAUUUUGUUUUUGUUAAUCGUUUACGUGGACAAAUUUCUACACCAACACUUAUUAUUAAUGAUUAUCAACAUCAGACAUUAACAAAUAGUCAUUACAAUGACUUUGAAUAUAUUUUAGAAAAAAAAAUAUUAGCAUUUGAAUUAGAGUGUCUUUCAACACUUCAACAUGGUUUUACAUCAUAUACGAUGUCUGACGAACAUUUUACUUAUAAUUAUACAUUACGUUUACAAGAGAGUAAUGGUGCUUCAAUGCGACUUUAUAAAGCUUUUGUCCAAUCUCAACCACCUGGUGUCUUACAUUUUGAUUUCUAUAAAGCAUUGGUAGAUGAAUAUUAUCCAUGGCUAACUUAUCAAUCAUCAGUCAUAUGUUUUGAAUUGAUUUCUGUUCAUUUACGUAUUGUGCCACCGAGGAUUGUACGUGAACAAUGCGAACAUCUUUGGCUACGACUAAUGGAAUCUGAUGAAUAG